AGCUGGAGGAAAGUGGGGCACGCAGCAGGCUGGAUGCUGUGCUAAAAGGACUUGUAGAGAAGAGUGAACAUGAAAAAGAUCCAAACGAAAAUGAUCCUGGGAAGAUAUCGGUGGAUUCUUUAAACAAGGAUUUGUCUCCAUCAUCUGCUGGAAAAAGACAAUCAACUCGAUUUCCACAACACCGAAGGAAGAAAAGGAAAGAGAUGGAUGAGGGAAUACCAGAGACUAAUCAGCAUAAACAAAAUGCCUACAUCAUUAAGCUGUUUGAUCGCAGCGUCGAUUUGGCUCAGUUCAACACCAGCACUCCGUUGUAUCCGAUCUGCCGUGCCUGGAUGAAAAACAAUCCUUCUGUUCGAGAGUCUAUAACCUCCCCCGGCUCACCGCCCGGCAUGACAGAGGAAGAGGUUACUGACAUGAUGAAUGGGAAAGGUCAAAAUGUGUACCGACUUCCUUCUCCAACUUUUUGCCACGUUAGUUCUUCCGGUGAACCCAUCAAUCUCAGGAUCCCACAGAUGGAAAAACCCUCCGUCACCAAGGAUAUUGCCAAUUAUCUGUUUACAGAAGUGUCUUCACCAGAAUCUCUCCGAUCUGAUCAUAUGGAACGCUGGAAAAAGAUACGGCAAAAAUGGAAGGAAUGUUCCAGCAGGAACCAGCUGAGAUACAACGAGAGCAUCAGGAUCCUGAAGGAAAUGAAGGAUCUCUAUGAUCACUAGCUGUUGGUGUUUUGGUUCCCCGGAUCAGGAUGGACGCUCUUCUGUCUCCAUGGUGACCAGUGGCUUUGAUGUUAGCCAUUGAAUGAAUUCAAUCUCUACACAGACUAAAGCAUUAACUAAACCUCUAGAAUGUAAUUGGAUUUAAAUUAUCUGUUGCAGUUCUCAUGUAGGAAUUAAUUAUUGUGUAAAUAUUUGGAUAAAUUAAAAGAAAAUCUGUAAAUACAGUUUUCAUUAGUCAUUUGCACUUUUGUGACAUGAAUAAAAUAAUGAGAAUCACUAGAA